CCAACCUAAUCUAAUCCAAUCCAAGAUCGUUGUGUUCCUUCUGAGAGUAUCGAUAAGAGCAGACAUAUACGUAGGUAGGCGAUGGCCCCGAGCGCGUCGAUGCUGUUCCUGAGCUACCACCAGCUGCACCACGGCCCCGCCGACGCGCCACACGGCAAGGAUGGCGCCGACGGCUUCCGGUUCGGCCUUGGCAAUGUCUUCUUCUCCCUCGGCGUCCUGGCGCCGAAGCGGCGGGAUGCGGCGCCAGAGGCGACGGUGUUCGACGGAAAGCAGAAGCAGAGGGCGCGUCGGUCCGGCGGCGAGGAGGAGGAGCCCGCGACGCUGGCGAGCAAGUUCGAUGAGGCCGUGCGGCUCAGCUGCUGGUCGUCGUGAAGCUUAAUUUCCGCGUAACCCUGUAGCUUUUGCCUCUUUGGCCAUGCAAGCAUGUGCCGUGCCGUGCCGAUCGACGACAAUGGCGGCAUAUGUGUAGAUAAAAUGUGACUGUGCAUAUGAAUUUCCUUCCUUUCUUUCUUU